AAACCAUUCAAAGCGGAUUUAUUACGAGGGGAUUUAAACAUUACAACGUUUCCACGAUAAUAUAAAUAUUUACAAAAGAUAUGAAGACGAAACCUUUGACAAAAUAAUCUUUGUAAUGUUAUCUGAUAGUUGAGGAUAUUUAUUUGAUAAUUACCUAUUUGAAAAAUACUGAAAAAUACAUGGAUGAGUAAAAUCUCAAACAGUCAGAGAAGGAUCUUGCUAAUUCAGUAAUUGCUUGAUGUAAUUGUAAAAAUAGACUGUAGGACAAUGUGUGAUCUAAUGGAGUAAACUUGAUAUAUUAAGUUUCAUGUACUUUAAUUAAGAAGGUAUAAUUAAGACAAAACAUCAACAAUUAGAAUCUGUUGUAUUUUGUAAGCUUAGGAAGUUUAUAAAAAAUAGAAAAAUGGAUGGAAACAGAACGUUCCUAAUUUUAUGGAUAUUUUUACAUUUUAUCGGAAUAUGUCACAUGGCCGAUCCAGUCUUCAACCCAGAAACAUUAAAUGACAGUUUGGGAAAUUACGCUGAUGCAAAUAGCAAUAUUACUUUUGCACCAGUACCAGCAAGCAGUGAAUACCAGACUGAUUCCACAUAUGAUGUUGGGGGUCUAGGGGUAUUUUACGACAUGACCAGAGGAUUUCUCAAUGUCAUCCAGCCUAAUGACUUUCCCUAUGACAUAAUUGGUGGUGUUGUAGGUGGCACAUAUGACAUCAUGGCAAAUAUAAUGAAUGUUGUGAUGUACAUCCUUGGCUUCGCAAUAUGUUUUGUCAUCGGCAUCCUCUUCAUGAUCAUCAUGCCCAUCGCUGGCUGCUGCAUGCUAUGCUGUCGUUGUUGCUGCGGUGGCUGUGGGGGAAGUCUCAGAGCAAAGCACAGUGAAAGCGCCAGCUGCAAGAAGAUCGUCUUCUCAAUUGUUCUACUACUAAUGGCAUUAUUAAUGGGGAGUGGUAUCAUAUGUACAUAUAUCAGUAACAGUCACAUGACAACUGCGCUUGGCCAAUUCCCCAAGUCUGUAACAACCAAUCUUGCUGACAUCAACACAUUCAUGAAUGACACAGUUGGCCAAAUCAAGUAUGCAGCUAUAGAUGAGUUUGGCUUUACAAAAUCUGUCAUAUUUAGGGACCUUGACAAUAUUGGUGUAUUGAUGGGAGUUCCACUUAGGGAUGAGAUAGCUACUACAGGGGGUGUGGAUGCAGCAUUAGACAGCAUUGCGGCUCUGGAUGGAUCUAUUUCCACACUAAAUGCUCAGAUGGUCAUUGUGAAUGCCAGCAUUGCUGACUUCGGAAGUAAGGUUGAUGCUCUUAAGGCAGCUUUAGCUAAUAAGAAAACAGACAUAGAUAGUACUUUGGUUGAUCCUGGCUGUAACGCCGCUGGAUGUGGUACCCUUGACACAUCAGUCUUGGCUGUUGAUGCAGAUUCUGCAAAUUUGCCAGACUUUAGCUCUCAGAUGAGCAUGAUGGACAGUGUUAGUGGAGGUGAUAGCCUUACUUCAAUGGCUAAUGAGGGUCGGGCAAAUUUUUAUGAUACACCUAAUAAAGUGCAGAAUGAGUCUGCAGCUACAAUUGCAACUAUGAAGACAAUGAUCAAUGAUUUUGAUACGACCAUAUCAGAUGCCCUGAACCCUAUAGAGGACAUGAUCAGUGGUAUCAGUGGGGAUUCCAGUCCAUUAGCAGGUGUUAAUACUCAAGUGGAUGACAUAUUUGGCAUGAUAACACCUUAUGACCAAUACAGAUGGUAUGCAGGUAUUGGACUGUGCUCUCUCAUAGCCCUAAUCGUAUUGUUGCUAAUAAUUGGCGUGGUGAUGGGGCUAAUAGGCUCUUCGGGUGACCCUUAUCCGACCAACAGAGGAUGUGUUUCAGACAGCGGAGGCAGAAUGCUACUAGCGGCAACUGGCUUUAUGUUCAUUUUCUCAUGGCUGUUGAUGCUACUAAUCAGCAUCUUAUUUAUGGUUGGAGGCAACUUAGAAAAGGUUCUCUGUCAACCAAUCAUGGACCCUGAAUACAAGAUUUUUAAUAAUUUAUUGGAUGGUCCAGCCAGUCCUCUGGGUGAUGGAACAGGGGGAUCAGUGCUUGGCAACCUGCUUCUACAAACCAGUACCAUCAACCUAACAUUUGCAGGCAUUCUAGAUGAUUGUAAGAAUGGAGUGAGUGCAUACAAGGCCCUCAAGCUUAGUGCAAUGUUUGACAUUGCCAAUGUCACCGACUACAAAAGUCAAUUUGAUUUAGAUGCUGAGAUUGAUAAAUUGAAUGUUGACCUGUCUGCGGUGAGCAUAUUUGACGCAAAUACAGAGGCGACUCUCAAUGACUUCAGGGAUUCUCUCAAUGUUGACUUUAACAGCUUUAUAACAGAGCUAAGUAAAAAUUCUACACAAAUUGGUUUGGAGGACUUUGCUGUGUCAUUGGAAACCUUGAGAGAUGCUACCACUCCAUCACCAAACAGUGCAGGAGUAAUAAGUGAUUUCACAACACAUGCAUCUGAUAUAAGAGCCAUUGAAACCACUGAGCAAGCUGAUGUAGAUACUGCCAAGGCUCAGCUUAUAACAGACCUGAACAAUUUCCAGGCAGCUAUAGCAUCAGUGCCGGCCCAGAUUAACACCACUAUAGAUACAGCCAAAGCCAUGGAGUCUUAUGUCCAGAAUAAUGCAAGUGCUACCAUACAAAAACAUGCAAGGCUAUUUGGCGAUCGCAUCCUUGGCACUGUGGACAGUUUUAUAGCUUUUGUGCUGAAUGCUGUAAAUGAGGAUAUUGGGAAGUGUACUCCAAUAUGGAACCUGUAUAACUCCAUAUUUGGUAUUGCUCUCUGUGGAUAUCUUGUGGAUGCUAUGAAUGGCUUUUGGUUUGGACUUGGCUGGUGUGUCUUCUUCUUUAUUCCGUCCAUCGUAUUUUCUGUCCUGUUACAGAAAUAUUUCCGCAACAUGAAGUCUGCUGAAGGUUUCCCUGUAGAUAACAAUUAUGGUACAAAGGAGGGGCCUCCAUUCUCCAACAAGAUCGCCCAUAAUGAUACCCCAGUGUAACUCCUAAGAAAAGCAAUACCAGAUGCCAAAGCUUAGCAAUAUCAGAUGCCAUA